GUUGUGAUUCGGCUGAAGAAAGAGUGUCCAAACACACAGGAAAAACUCCCAGUGAAGCAACUGAGAUCCAUGUGACACUAUUAUAAAGAUGGCGUUUAUUAAAGAGGAGAUUGAAGAAGUGAAGAUUGAAGAAACAUUCAAAGUCAAACAUGAAGAGACUGAGGAACACACAGACCUAAUGGCACUGAAAAAGGAGAGUCAAGAACUGAAUGAAAUAGAAGAGAAAGACCAGUGUGACAAACAGAAUGAUCUUAUUACUGAGGAAAAGUCAUUUAGUUGCUCACAUUCUGAAUAUACUUCACUAAAAAGAGCAAAUGGAAGUUAUUUGACCUGCCAACAGUGUGGAAAAAGUUUCAACAGAAAAGGACAUCUUAAAGUCCACAUGAGAAUUCACACUGGAGAGAAGCCUCACACCUGCAAACAGUGUGGAUUAAGUUUCACUCAAGAAGUAAUCCUUAACAGGCACGUUAGAAUUCACACUGGAGAGAAGCCUUUUACCUGCAAACUGUGUGGAAAUAGUUUCAGUAGGGAAGGAAGCCUCAAAAGCCACAUGAGAAUUCACACUGGAGAGAAGCCUUACAUAUGCCCUCAGUGUGGGAAACGUUUCACUCAAAAAGGACACCUUGAAAGCCACAUGAGAAGUCACACCGGAGAGAAGCCUUUUACCUGCAAACUGUGUGGAAAUAGUUUUAUUCAAAAAGGAAGCCUCGAAAGCCACAUGAGAAUUCACACUGGAGAGAAGCCGUUCACCUGCAAACUGUGUGAAAAUAGUUUCAAUCGAAAAGCAAGCCUUAAAAGCCACAUGCGAAUUCACACUGGAGAGCAGCCUUUCACAUGCCCUCAAUGUGGAAAGAGUUUUACACACAAACCAACUUUUAAUAACCACAUGAGAAUUCACUCCGGAGAGAAGCCUUUCUGCUGCCAACUGUGUGGAAAGGGUUUCAUUCGAAAAGCAAGCCUUAAAAACCAUGUGAGGACUCAUACUGGAGAGCAGCCUUUCACAUGCCCUCAAUGUGGGAGAGGUUUUACAUAUAAAACAACCUUUAAUGCUCACAUGCGAAUUCAUACUGGAGAACAGCCUUACACAUGCCCUAAAUGUGGAAGGAGUUUUAGACAAAAACCAACCUUUAAUGCCCACAUGAGAAUUCAUACUGGAGAACAGCCUUACACCUGCCCUACAUGUGGAAGGAGUUUUAGACAAAAAACAACUUUUAAUACCCACAUGAGAGUUCACACUGGAGAGAAGCCGUUCACCUGCCAACAGUGUGGAAAGAGUUUCACUGCAAAAGGAAACCUUAAAAAACACAUGAGAAUUCACACUGGAGAGAACAUGUGAUUAGUGUGGAAAAGAGUUUUGCAUGUAAAGUAAACCUUGAUUCACAUUUUUGAUCCGUGUAAUAAAAAAAACGAGACCCCAUUUUUGUUAAUUUUGUGGGAAGUGUUUAAAUUGGCACUAGAACACUUAGGCUACAACUCAUGUCGCAACUGAAGUUAAAGGGAUUGUAGUUGAUCUAUGAUUCGUACUGGCCAGCUGCUCCCCGGAUUGCAACGCAUUGUGAUUCGUGCAUUACUUGCAAAGUUUAAUGCAUGUACUUUGAAGUUCUGUCAGUUUUAAGCAUCAAGCGCAAGAAGACUGGAACUCACACGCUGUUGUCUGUCCACACACAGCACGUGAACGCCAAAUUCAGUUCUCUUUCUCUUCUUUUUGAGCUUGAACAGACACGUGCACGCAAAAUUAAGUCAAAAUGCCCGUCUCUGCGAGUGUCCCUGUAAACAGUUGGUCAUGUGUUGUAAACAACUGAGAAAGAAAACGGAUGCGUAUCAUUAUAUUGGAUCCGUGCAUUCGUCUUAAAGGGACAACAGCCUAAUAUUCGCAGCUGUUUGUCACCAAUGUUAGUCAAACAUCAAAAGAGAAAGGGAAAAUCACUUUUGUAGCUUUUAACAAAGAUACAUUUUAAUUUAUUAUUUAAUUUAUACAGUAAAGUUAAUUUUAUAUUUUUUUUCUGUUUUUCCAAUAUCGUGCAGCCCUACAAGACGGGCAGCAAAAUACUAGGCUCUUUGUCCAUUGGAUAUAGAUGAAUUGUCACCUGUAAUGAAACCAAGUAUUUUCACCAUAUGGAAGUGGGUCCCACUUUCAGAAUAUAUGAAAUAUUUGUAUGAAAAGUUGUCUCUUUUUGAGUUAUGUAUUCUAAAAAUAAACUUGUUCUGUCGA